AUGGAAGAUGAUCGUAUCUCAAUAGACAGUGACUACAUUCCAGAGCCUGGUUACAGGCCACAAAUGCCCAAAAGACCCCAGAAGAAACCAUCUUUAUCACAGUUGAUGGUGACUCGAUCCAAAUCACCUUUAAAAUUAGCAGAGCUACAAGCACAACCAACUACAGGAGUAUCUAUGGAAAAUGUGGGUCAAGAGGAGAAUGAACUGGAUACAGAUCGCAUAUACAACACUUUGAAUCAUUAUGGAUCAUAUCAUGAUUCAAGUAAUGAUCAAUCAACAAUAAGGACGACACCAACUUUAACAGUUUAUAGUGAAGAUGAUGAUCUUGCUAAUACUUUGGGAGAAAUCAUUAGUCAACGCUCCACGGACUUGAAAGAUAAUUUUGAUCAUGAAGAACAACAAGAAAAAUUAAAAGGUGCCAAACAAUUCUUUAUAUUAUCAGCUGCUGGUAAACCAAUUUAUUCAAUGAGUAGUGAUGCAGAUCAUAAUGAUGAUGAUUUUGUAAACUAUAAUGGUAUUAUACAGACCAUUGUUAGUUCAUUUUUGGUUUCAGGCUCAAGCUUAAAAUCAUUUGUUACAGAAAGUACAAGAUUUACAUUUUUAAAUCAAUCACCAAUAAUACUACUGGCAAUUUCCAAGAUUGGUGAAUCUGAAUCUGAAUUGAUGAAUCAAUUGGACCUUCUUUAUAGUUUCUUAUUAUCAGCUUUAAGCAAACCACAUAUUAUGAGGUCAUUUGAAAAUAAAGAAGGUUUUGAUCUAAGGAAACAUUUAGGACGUGCAGAUCUUUCAGGUUUAAAUUUAUUAACAAAAGAGAUUAUUGAUUUCAAUCCAGGAUUACUAGUUGGUGCAUUACAAAGUAUUAAAUUAAAAAAAUCAAUAAGAGAUAAAUCAAGAAGUAUAAUGUUGAAUAAAAGAUCCAAAAAUGUACUUUAUGGAAUGUUGGUUGCCCCUGGUGGGAAAUUGAUUAAUGUCUUGAGACCUAAAAGUCAUACAUUACAUACAACAGAUUUACAAAUUUUAUUUUCUAUAGUGUUUAAUCAGGCAAAAAACCAUUCAGAAGAUGAAGAGCUCUGGCUGCCAAUAUGUUUUUCUAAGUUUAAUCCUAAUGGAUUUUUAUAUGCAUUCGUUAAAUUUGUUGAUCAAGUUGCACUUAUAUUAAUUAGUGCUGAUAGAAAUUGUUUUUUCGAGUUGAGUGAAACUUCCAAAAAAAUCAUUGAAGAUUUUAAAAAACAUCAAAUCAUGAAACAAAUUAAUGAAUCAUUACAUCAUGGAUUAUCUACCAUAGAUAUACCUGCUCCAUUAAUUUAUCAUUUCAUAUACAAAUCUAAAAAGCAUUUACAAUAUGUGAUGCCAACAUCAACAAAUGUUACAACAUUACAACGAUAUUACCUAAGAUUAUAUUCAAGCAUUGAUAGAGAUGCUAAAAUUAGUGUAUCUUUCAUAAAAUGGGAUAAUGAAGGGAAAGAUUCAAAUAGUUCAAUAGCUGGACUUGGUUGGGUUUCACCAAAUUAUGAAGUUUAUUUAAUCACCGGAAGUAUAACGAAAAGAGAAGUUUUGGUGAAUAGUGCAAAGAGUAUAGUCAAUUGGUGUAAGCGAUACCAGGAACGAUUAUUUGUCUGCGAAGGAGCAGUUUUUUAA